CUGGCAGGGACCCCUGCCAGGUUGCUCUCUCUCGCUUUCUCACCCUGGUCCCUGCCUCCUUCUUUUCCCAUGACGAGGUCUUUCACCGUUGGUCACCGUCUGCCAUCUGGUGUUUUCCAUCCCCAGUUGGGCCUGGUCUGUCAACUCCAAGGAACUGGCCAUGUUCGUCCCAUCAUCCAUCGAAUUGGCUUCGGCCUCGGAUUCGACCACCACUACCACCACUACUCCCAUUUGCCAUGUUUCUCGAGAGAACCAAAGUCUUGGCCCUUGGAAGCUAGAAGAGAAUGGUCUCACUCGGUGACUGGUUCGGUUCUAACGGGGCACAGUUAGCACGAUGUGAUUCAUGGCCAGAGAUCUCUGGCUUCGAGAGGGGUCACCGUGGGCCUGCCAAUGCCAUGCAAUGGCCCGGCCAAUCCAGGCACAAGGGGAGAGCCGUUGCAGCCGCUUUCCCUUUUUUCCCGCAGCAUUUCACUGGGCCAGCCUCGAUUCUCUCCGACUAUCCUCAGCUGUCAGCCAACCACCCUGGCUGGCAGCCCAGGUUUGUUUUGCGGGAUGCGUCUCCGGUUGCUACAGUGCCUCUUUACGGACCUCUUUCUCGUCUUUGCCAGCUGCAGCACCCGCUGGCCAUGGUCGACGUAUGACGCAACACAGCAGAGCACGGCAUCGGGCGCAGAGUAUCGCCAACAUGGUCUUCCCCCAUCCUUCUGGACGACCUGGACCCCGGCCUUCAGUACGACCACCUUUCUCUGCGAGCAGGAAAAUCCGGGACAGCUGCAGCAUACUGGACAUGCUAGCAGAAUGGCACAAUGGGUGCUUACCUGAUUCCUCAUGUUUGCGCGCCUUCUGUCACCCAACCACCACCCUGGGCCGAGAUGACGAGAUGCUUCUUGUGCGAUUGUGCAGGUUUGCGGGAACUCGGCAGACUAGCAACCGUUGGCAAGCGUCACUCUUCUUUUUCCUUCUGUCGAAGACGGACGGGCAGACGGGCAGACGGACGGAUGGUGGAUCUGGGUCGGUUGAGUUACCCCAGGAUCAGGGCAGAAGUCUGCUUUGUGGGCGACUUUGAGCAUCACUGCCAUCGGAGCUUGGAUUUUGGUGACUACGAUCUACUGUCAUUGGGAAGAAUAAACUGAUGGGCAUUGCAUC